CUUCUCUCUCUAGUCUCUCCUAGCUAGAGAGUAGAGAGGAUUGUGUUAAUUUCCUACUACUUGUUUCUUAUUUGUGCUUACCAUCGGGAUCAGAUUGUGUUGUAGGAUUGUGAUCGCUUCACAUUGUCUCAUCAGUAUGGCUUCCCCAACCACACUUGUCGAACUGAAGAGAAGUCCAUCUGAUUACACUCUAUCUAAUGUAGUACAUUGGGAGCUUGGUGGUGAUGUUCCAUUUGUGUUUCUGGCCAAUUGUUUGGUUGCUGUGUCAGAGGCAGAGGCGGCUGAGCAUGAUCUACAAGAUAUUACUUGCAAUAUCUUUAGGACGUUCAUGAAGAUAUCUCCUCAAAAUUUGUUUGCAGUCCUUUCUAUACUUGCAAGGACUUAUGUUGAUGGUGAUAACUCUUACACAAUUGAAGCUUCUAAAGAUGCUAUCAUCGAAGCAAUCGCUGCAUCAUCUAACAAGACCCCGGAGUUUAUAAAAGAUCAGUUGUUGGAGCAUGACUUAGCAUUUGUUGCUGAAGUCAACAGACCAGUAGAGUUAAUAUUCAAACGUGAAAAGCUUACCGUUGAGUAUCUUUUUUCAAAGAUCAUCGCAUUAGUGGAGAAUGUCAAAAGGAAGAAAGAAAAAAAAACAGUUUGGGCUAACAGAAACCUGUAUGCAUUGCUUGGUAUGUUCAAUCAUGCUUCGGAAUUUGAAGCUGGGACCUUGGUUCGGCUGCUACAGCCCAUUUGGAAAAAGGUUCCUGAGAAUGUGAUUCUGCAUGGCCUCGCUUGUGCUACUGUGUAUGCACACAUUUCUCCUGAGGACCCUGACAUUCCUCUGCAUCUUGAGAAAGCUGUAGAUCUUUGUAACCGAAUUUAUCAAUUGCACAAGUCUUUUCGAGCAUUUUGUGAUGCCUUUUGUCAUCCCUAUCCAUGCAUUGGAUAUAUGUAUCUGCCAGAGAUUAUAGGAUUUGCUCCUGGCAUUCCUCUAAAGUUGAUGGAGGCUGAACCUAUACUUGACAGAUCCGAGCUGUUUCAAAUAUUUGGGUCUAAUGAUUUCACCUAUGAGUCUAAUGACUAUGGGGAUGUAAUACGUGCUCAGAUACAUGGUCUAGAAAAUGGCAUGAUUGAGAUAUAUGUGGAUAAUGUAUUGAUCACAAACCGUUUUCCCGAUAUUCUUGCCAUAAUGAAGAGAGUAAGAUCCCAGAAUAUGAAGUCCUUUAUAAUGGAUUGCAAAGUUUGCGCCUUUGAUGAAAGGAGAAAGAUUAGUUUAUCGAUUGAGGAUCUUCCCAACGCACAUUGGGAAGAUGCUGAAAUCAUUGUCAGCAUUGUAGUUUCGGACAUUCUGUACUUGAAUGGAAUGUCAUUCUUGCAAAAGCAACUCCAACUUCGCCAUCAGAUGCUUCAAAGAUUGUUUACUGGCAAGUUGGAUUCAUCAUGCAAGAUUGCCGCUGUCACACGAUGCAAUGAUCUUAAGCUUCUUAAAAACUUUCUGAAAGCUUCUGGCAAGUCCAGCUACAGAUAGUGAACCUAGUAAAGAAGCCAAGGAGUCUACAACUGGAGAUAGUGAAGAUGCUGCCACAGCUGGAGAUGGUGAAGCCACAGCUGGAGAUAAUGAAGAUGCUGCCACUACUGGAGAUAGUUACUAAAUUUUGGUAGAGCUUGACUAGGUGAAUCUGAUACAAAUUUGAUUGGAUGAGGCUGUAAAUUGGGAGGUUUGAGACUUAUUGAAUUUGAUGUCUAAGAUUUGACUUUUGGGGCUGUUAGAUGUUUGGCUACAUCUAAUUUUGGUGAAUAUAAGUAGCUCAGAUUUGUCUGCUUUGAAUUAGUGCAAACGGUGUCCAUUGUUUGACCUUUCUAAGGUUUUAAUGGGCAAAGACUCUGUUUUGUAAUCUUUGCUAUGUCUAUUUUAUUCUAAUCUUUCAUCU